AUGGUGGACUGGCUCAGUCUCGCCGUCCCCCUGGCCUACCUGGGCGUCCUGAUCGGUUCUCUCGCUACAUUCUCCUCCCUCUAUCGCAAGCGCAAGGCCCAAAAAGCUGCCUCCCUUGCUCCUUGGUUCCCCGCUCACCUCCAACGCGACAUUUACUUCUCCCUCCUACAUCUCGAUCCCUCCUCCCAAUCCGGCAAAAAGACUCCCAAUGUUCCCGAGUCCGUUCUGAAGGCUGCGCUCCUGCGCCGCGCGACGGAGGACAUCCGUCGUGUCAUGGCUCUGAGAAACCAGAAGCAAGCUCUCUCUGUGCUGCUGCAGCGUGGUAGUGUUGGCGAUGACCUCUGGCAGCGGUUUAUGCGCGCUGAAAAGGAAAUGGAGGAAGAAGUGCGCGAUGUUGUCUCAGAGGCCAACGCCUACGCACCCAACUGGGGCCAGACUAUCUUCCAAUCCGCCAACGAAAUGAUGAACAACGAUAUUUACCGCCAAAGAAUCAAGGAACACGAGGACAAGCUCGCCGAGGAGCGUGAGUGGUGGGAGAAGAAGCGCGCUAGCAUGCAAGAGGGUUUCAUGAAGGAGUUGAAUGAGGGUGACAACCAGAAGACCUCUGCUGCGUCCAAGAGCUCUGAGCCUGCGACUCACUCAAAGGCUGCGGCCCCAGCUGCGCCUUCGGUGCAGGGUAGCGAUGAUGAUGCAGUGUUGGUUGAGGCGGAUCCUUCGGGGAAUAGCCAGGCUUCGCCUGGUGGUGAAAAAAAGAAGAAGGGCAAGGGCAAGGGCAAGAAAUAA